AUGGUUCAUGUGCAGUUCAACCUAGAGCUGCUAAGCACGCUCAAAGGCAAGGUUGUGGUUCUGACUGGGGGCGCAACGGGGAUUGGUCGGUCAGCCGUGAUUCAAUUCGCUGAGGCUGGAUGCAAAGUCGUCUUCGGCGACAUCAGCGAGGAACCCGCCCGUGAGCUCGAAGCUAGUCUGGGUGCCGCAGCGCGCUUCUCUCGCUGCGACACGUCCUGUUACUCCGACCAGCUCAAACUGUUCGCACUCGCGGAGUCGGACUUCGGUCGCGUCGAUGUCGUGGUCGCUAAUGCUGGGAUGGCGGUACAUAAAGACAUCUUCGAGGCGAGAUCGAAUGUUUUCGAGGAGCCGACCAUGAAGGAGGUGGAUGUAAAUCUGGUUGGUGCUAUCUUUACGGCGAGAAUCGGAAUGCACUAUUUGCGGAAGAAUGGAUCGAGAGGAGGAAAAGGAGGGGGAGAUCUUGUUAUGGUGAGCUCCAUUGCCGGGUUCAAGGAGAGCGGCGGGCUGGCUACAUACACGGCGAGCAAACAUGGGGUGCUGGGGUUGAUGAGGGGGUUGCACACCACUGCGUUCCCCGAGGGCAUACAUAUCAACGUGAUAUGUCCGUGGAUGACUAAAACGAGGCUAGUCAAGGGCAUAGAAGAGGGCUGGCGCAAACUUGGUCUCCCAGAGAACCAGCCCGAAGAUGUUGCACGAAGUAUCCUGCUCUGCGCAUCCGCAAACAGGGACAAGAAGGAGAAAGUACACCCCGGAGCCAAGAUUCCCUUCGCCGGCAAGAUACUCUGGAUCGCAGGUGGCGAAGCGUACGAGAUCGAGGACGCUAUCCAGGCCCUAGAGCCUCAGUGGCUCGGUGAGGAAAACAGCAAGGUCCUCACAAAGGGCCAAGAAUACCUCGCGAGCCAAGGCACUAGCUGGGAUGCCGACAAGCUGGAGGAGAAGACGAACGGUGUUCAGGCCUGA